AUGUCUACUACUAAGAGGACCCUUGAGGGUGUUGAGAAUGAUAGCGAGACUAAACGUACAGACUACCAUGGAAAAGGUAUUGCUCAAUUGAAACCUGAAUACAUUGUUAUGAAUUCUUCAAGUAAUAAUAAUACUAGGAAUAAUGAUGAUAUGGAUGAAGAACCGUCCAGUGAACGAUUAGAAGGUUCUAAUGGUAAAACCAAAAAUAAGAAGAAGAAACGUGGACAGAAUAAGAAUCGUGAUAAUCGUCAAAUUAAAGAACAUAAUGUAUUAUGUCCAAGAUUAAUUCAAGGUGAUAUCACUAAUUGUUCAUUUGGUGAUACUUGUCGUUUUAAUCAUGAUAUUGAUGCAUAUUUAGCCGGUAAAAAAAUUGAAAUUCAAUCGGAUUAUUUUACUGAAUGCCCAGUUUAUAAGUCAUUAGGUAGAUGUCCAAUGGGUUAUAAAUGUAGAUUUUUAUCAAGUCAUAUGGAUAAAGAUACAAAAAAAUUGUUAACUAUGGAGCCACCAAAUUUUGAAAAUAUACCAUUAUAUGAUAUUAAUGAAGAAUGUAAUCAUAUUAGUUAUGAACAAAAAGCAGAUUUAAUCAAACGUAGAUUUCAAUUCACUAAGAGUGAAGAAGUAUUAGAAAUUAUUGAUGCUAUGCAACAAGAACAUCGUGAUUUGACUAACGAACCUACAACGAAUGCACCUUCAUCAGAUGAUACUAAUGAGAAAGCACCACAAGUGAUACAACGUGAAAAAGAAUUGCAAGCCAAACGUGACAAACAAAAAAAAUUGUAUCUAGAAUAUAAGGAUACACGUUAUUUUGCCAGUGAAAAAAAACCAUUAGAUUUCCAUCAUAAAAAAAUCCUAUCACCUUUAACCACAGUUGGUAAUUUACCAUAUCGUAGAUUAAUGAAAAAGAUGGGUUGUGAUAUAACGUAUUCUGAAAUGGCUUUAGCUGUACCAUUAAUUCAGGGCCAAAAUUCAGAAUGGGCAUUAGCUAAAUGUCAUAAGAGUGAACGUUCAGGUUUCGGUGUUCAAUUAGCAUGUUCAAAGGCUUGGCAAGCUGCAAAAGCCACUGAGGCCCUUGUUGGUAAUUUAUUAACUUCACCAGAAAAUGGUAUCAAUGAAAUUAAUUUAAAUUCAGGUUGUCCAAUUGAUUUAUUAUAUAGACAAGGUGCAGGUAGUGCAUUAUUAGACAAUCCAGCCAGAUUAAUCCGUGUAUUAAACAGUAUGAAUUAUGUAUCACAAGAAGUACCAAUCACAGUAAAGAUCCGUGCUGGUACUAAAGAUGGUCAUAAUACAGCAGAUUCAUUAGUUAAAAGAUUAGUUUAUGAGACUGAUGUUGCUGCCAUUACAUUACAUGGACGUUCAAGACAACAACGUUAUACAAAAUUAGCUGAUUGGGAGUAUAUUUCUACCACUGCAAAAUCUUUAAGAGAAAAUGAAAUCAAAUUCAAAGAAAGUGAACAAGGUAAAGAAUCUCGCGAAAAUGGUCAAACAAGAAUUCAAUUUAUUGGUAAUGGUGAUAUUAACAAUUAUGAAGAUUGGUAUUCACACAUAAAUAAUGAUUCUAAUUUAGAUUCUGUAAUGGUUGCUCGUGGUGCAUUAAUCAAACCAUGGUUAUUUGAAGAAAUUGAUGCCCAACAACAUUUAGACAAGAGUUCUACAGAGCGCUUAUCUAUACUUUCGGACUACGCGCGCUAUGCGAUGGAGCAUUGGGGUACCGAUGAAUAUGGUAUUGCUCAAUGUCGUAGAUAUUUUUGCGAUUUUAUGUCAUUUUUUCAUCGUUAUGUCCCAAUGGGGAUUUGUGAAAGAUUUCCAGUUAAAUUAAACGAAAGACCACCAAAUUGGAUUGGUAGAGAUAGUAUGGAAACCUUACUAGGUAGUACUAAUAGUAAUGAUUGGAUUAAAUUAUCUGAACUAUUUUUUGGACCAGCUGAAGAUCAUUUCAUCUAUACUCCAAAACAUAAGAGCAAUUCAUAUUGA